AUGCAACGAAGGCAAGGAAGAGUCAAUGCUGGACUGCUUUUGCUGCUCUAUCAAAUUUCUCAAGUUGGACUCCAGAACAUUCCUUCUGUUACCCUUGGGGUACUUGUACUGAAUAUUUUUCUCUAUCUGAAUCCUGUGAGGCCGCUGCCUGAAGUGUGUAUCAGUGUAAAUGAAGGCUUCCACAAAAAGAACUGGCAGCGUUUACUGCUUUCUCCUGUCCACCAUGCAGAUGACUGGCAUUUAUAUUAUAACAUGAUUUCCAUGCUUUGGAAGGGGAUAAUGCUGGAAAAAAAGCUUAAGAGCAUAUGGUUUGCAUACAUAAUUGCAGUGUUUUCAGUGCUGAUUGGAGUUGUUUAUAUGGUGCUGGAAUUCAUGCUUGUGAAAAUUCUGGAUGAUCCUUCAUAUGAAAUGAAUUGUGCUGUAGGUUUUUCAGGUAAGGUGUGCGCUUUAAAAUUUUUAUCUUCAAAUUACUCAUGCCUGUCUUUAGAGAUGGGUUUGCUUCUACUAGAAGCAUCCAAGCACCUUAUUUUGGUCACCUUUCA